AUGGAUUCCUCGUAUCUAACACUUUGCGUCGUAAAUGCUUUCCUAUCUUCUAUCGCCUCUAUACUCAAUAUUCUGACCAUCUACGCGAUAAGAAAGACUCCGUCCUUGGCAAAGAAUUUAAAAAUAUUGCUUCUGAGUUUAGCAGUUUCUUAUCUUGGUAUUAGCUUACUGGCGCAGCACAUGUAUCUUGCACAACUCAUUAUGAAGUGGAAAUACCGCAAUGAAUCUUAUAAUGCAAUUUAUAUCGCGCAUCUUAUCCCGACGAAUAUCUUUAUUACUGCGACAUUGUUUAGUGUCAAGGCUCUAUGUGCAGAGAGAUUUUUGGCAAUUCAACUUCACCUCAGAUACCAGGAACUUGUGAUGUACAGGCGCGUUAUUAUUGCCGUAAUCUCAAUUUGGGUAUUUAGCACACUUACUUUAUUGCUCAAGUUGUGGAUCCCAAAAAGUAUCAUGUUCGUAUUUUCUGUUAUUAAAGAUUCUUCUUCUAUUAUAACUGCAACUUUCCUGAGCAUCAAACUUUACCUUACUCUACGACGCCACAUGAAUCAAAUGCAACUCACGCAAGUUGCGCAGAAUGAGCAAGGCGAAAGUGUUCAAAGAAAAAGGAGAUCUGCGAUGGCAUCGCUUUACGUGUAUUUGGUUUUCACAGUUUGCUAUUUACCUAAUAUUUGUGUGUUCAUUAUCAUCGGUUCCACUUCCGAACCAAGGAACGAUCUACAGCAUUUGCACUUUUAUACUCCGUCCCUGUUGUUUCUUAAUUCAACCCUUAACCCACUAAUCUACUGCUGGAAAGUGAAACAAAUUCGACACACUGUGAUAGCCACACUGCGAAAUAUAUUGUCAAAUCACAUUUAA